AUGCCGAUAGCGUCUGUCGACACUGAAUCGUCGACGAUUCUCCCGCUGAAACCUCUAAGAGACGCGAUUGCUCUACUAGUGGUGCUUUACAAAAUUCCCACAUGGUUGAAUUGUAUCUUUCUCGUGGUUUAUACAUUAUCAGGGUCUUCUCAGGCCAUCACCAGUAGAGUGUUGGCCAAAAUGUUCAAGAAGCUCACAAAGAAAUCGACAUCGAUAGCCACGGGCGCUGGUGAUACUGGGAUUGGUGAUGUGUCGGAUAUCAACGAGCUCAUGAAUGGCGAAACGAUAUUACAAAACAACAGCAACAACCUUAUCGAUGACAAAGGGAAAAAAAGAAUAAGAGGCGCAGAUUACUUGGAAUGGCUCAGUGAAUUCCUCAACUCUCAAGCUGUAAGCCUCGUGGGGUAUUUGGUGGCGUAUGUCUGGUUGUUAUGGUAUUUCCCAAACAUUUUGAACUUGUUCAUUUUAUCUGCCAAAGCAAUGAUAUCCGUCAGCGUAUUUGGGAUUCACGGGUCCAAAGGGUUAUUAACUUCAGUAAUGUUGAUAUUUGUUGUCAUUUUAACUACCACCAGCUUCCAUUUUUUCAUGUCCAAAAUCACCAGUAUCCAAUCCACCAGCGUGUUGGUCAAAACUUUCCAAAUUUUCAAUUCCAUCGACACACAAUUGGAAUCCAAGGCGUUCAAAAUAUCCUACGACUCAAAUAUUUUCAAUUAUCACAAAUCCUCGUCCAUUAGUAAUUUCUUUAAUUCUUUCUGGAGCACCUCAAACAAUGUGUUUUCGAUGCACGUUAUCCUCAUGAAUUUACCGCCUAAUUUCAAAGUGACCAAUUUUAUGAAAAAUCAUCUCAAACCUUUAGACCAACUAUCAAAAAUAUCCCUGGAUAUAGGCGCCAAUGACAACGACGAUGAAAACGACGAACCACAGCAACAACAGCAGCAACAUGCGGCGACUAUCGAACAUGAAACCAACGAGGCAUUAUCAUUCAACAUAUCUGAAGAAUACGCCCAGUCGAAGCUAAACCAAAUCAUCACAAAUUCCAAAGACUCUACCUCUGACCCAACUGUUUUUCCUACAAAACCUGCCACUACCCAAAACGACGAUGGCGACUAUUUCAAUGACUCGCCAGCGCUGUUCCCCGAUGAAGCACAGGAAGUGGUGUACUCAAACCACUUAUCUUCUGCAUUAUCCGCAGUUAUCUCAAACUUGGAGAAUUUCUGUAGACUUCCAUUCAUUCCUUCUUCCACAACUAAAAAAACUAGAAAAAUAUUCAAUGUGAGAGAACUGCAACCUUUAUGGCUGGUGAUUUCCGCGCUUCUUGCCAUGAGAAAACGCCCGGAUAUUUUUUCUGGAGAACGAACCGUUGAGGACUUAGAUGAAAAUAACUCGUUGGUACCGAUUCAGGAAGUCAGGUACAGUAAUUUCUCGUUUGCCGACGACAGUUAUCCCGUUAAAUGUUUUAUCGAUUACGUGGGUCCAACCAGUAUGGCGUUCCAAGUGAUUCAAUUUACAAAACCCACUGCCGAUCACAAUCGUGUCGAUUUAUUAAAACAUAUCGAUAUUGCGGUGGUGGUCAAUGGGAUCGAAUGGAAUACUCACACUUAUGAGGACUAUAUCAUCAUCAUUGGCCUAACGCCUUCAUCGACCUACGAUAUUUCGAUUCUUGCCCUAAGAUCCGGGGCCGAAGAUGUUUUGGUGGCAAAAUACAUCAUUUGUACAUUAUUGGAUGGCGAAGGCCAUAAGAGCUUGAACUCCGCAAAGAUUGAAUCACCAAUUGACACAUUAAAACGAAGCGUCACUACCACGAAGAAUACGGUAUUUAGAGAACGGGUGAAAUUGAAGAAAUUGAAGAAAGAAAACACCAAAGCUUUAGGGGAGUUAUCUAAAGAAAUCGAUACGUUGAACAAUAAAACCACCGAGGCCAAUCGGAACGAUGAUAAAUUAUGGAGAAAAGUGGCAUCAUUGAAAACCGAAGCCAAUCAAUUACGCGAUGAAAUUGCCACCAGGAAAAAAGAACUCGAACAUCAUCAACACAAAUUUGAACAAGAAUUCUCCAUCAGGUAUCAAUUGAAAAAACACGAUUUUGAAAAACGUCAAGCAGAAUUCAAAAAACUCGAGGCAGAAUUCACCAACGAGAUCGGUUUAUUAGACAAAGAUAAAGAACAACUACAGACGGAGUUAGCGGGUCUCACCAUAAAAAACGAAAAGUUGAAGAAUAAACUCACCAAAUACCAAUCUGAUCUCCAAAAAACUGAACAAGAUAUCAAACAAAUUGUCGAUGAUGAUCUCAAUGCCCGGAAAGUCGAGCGUGGUAAAAGAAAUGCUAAGCGAGCCAAUCUCAUCAACGAAUUCCGAGCCGAAAUACAAAAGGCCGAGGAAAUGACAAAAGAUUUCCAAGAAAAAGCUAAUAAGCUAGAACAGGAGGAAAAAGAGUUUUCAAAUCCUCAAUAA